UGUUCAAUUCAUCGUGAAAGUUGAUAUUUUUGUCCGUGUGAUUAAAUGAUAAUUUACUGAUGUUUUAUAAAGGUGACACCGGAACAAAGUACAAAGAUAGAAUUAGGUCGCGGGUGUUCAAUUUGAAGGACAAGAAGAAUCCAGAAUUGAAGACACGGGUCAUCAAAGGUGACAUUAGCCCUGAGCAGUUGGCCACCAUGACGCCAGACCAGAUGGCCUCAAGUGAGAUGAAAGAGCUGAGGCAAAAACUAACAAAAGAAGCAAUAAACGACCACCAAAUGGCUGUGGUCGAAGGCACAGCAACUGAUCUGAUCACGUGCGGAAAGUGCAAGAAAUCAAACUGCACCUACUCCCAAAUGCAGACCAGAAGUGCCGAUGAACCGAUGACCACAUUCGUGUUUUGCAACGAGUGCGGAAACAGAUGGAAGUUCUGCUAAUUGCACUGGGUUAAUUGAACUGAAAACUGUUGAAAGGCAAUCAUUUUUGGUGACGAAAAGAACGUUUUUUUUUUGUGCGAAGUUUAUAUAUCGAGGUCAAAGGAAUCAUAAAUUUCUGAUAGUAAAAAAAGUUUUGGUACUACCUAUGUUCGAAAUCAUCAAACUUCAGCAUCACAUCCGAUAGCAGAAAUUAAUUCCUGGUAAUAAACUUCGUGCAGUUUCUACUUACAAUUUAGUUGAUCUUUCUUUAUUUUUGUUGUCGACUAUAUAGCCUUGUGGUUGAUUAUCUGUUCUCUUUUUCUUGAUGUACGAAGUGAAAUAAAAUUCAAGGCUAAAUAUUGUUGAUGUAAUCUAUUUAAUGAACUUGUCGUUAUUUUUGAAUGAAAUAUAUUUUCCUUCGUUAGUUUCAUUUUUAACUAUU